AUGUCCAUAGCGGACACACUACCUCCAGCAAUUUUUGCAGCAAUUAGCAGUAUAUUAAUAAUUUUACAAACUAUUAAAAAUAGUAAAAAGCGUUUUGAAACACCAUCAGACGGAGUUCCUGAUAAUAUAGUUGAUAAUGCGCGCUUCUCAACGCUUUCUUUAUUGUCUGAUAUCGUUUAUUUACCUUCAAACCGAAAGUUUUAUGCGCUUACAAUUUCAAUCAUUGCCUUAUCACUGAAAUCGAGACGGUGGAGAUGGAAAUUAAAUGCAUAUUUGACUGCAUUUUUUUUUAUCUCCUCUCUAUGUUCACUUUGGCAAUCUAUAAAGGUUUUAAAAUUAAGCCAUUCUUAUCGCGAGAACGAAGUAAUUGAGAAAUUAACUGUAAUAUGUAACUUUGUUUUUUCUGUGGUUGCUACAUCUAUUGCUAUCACAACACCGAUGGGUCCACCAAUACUUCAAAAUGGAAGAGUUGUUUGUGCAAUCGAGUAUUGUUCAAUAUGGGACUUUAUUACCUUUUCCACUAUUACUAAAUUAAUUUUCAAAGCUUACAGACAAAAGACUUUCAAUAAUGAUGAUCUUGACUUACUUCCAUUUGCUUAUCAAGCCAAGUCAUUAUAUAAUGCGUUCAAAAAAACCGAAAGUAAACUUUUGUAUCGAAUAUUGGUGGUUAAUAAACGUGUUAUAGGCUUACAGCUUUUAUUCACAAUGAUGGGUGCUGCUUUAUAUUAUGCUCCAAUGAUUUUCUUAUACCGUUUUCUAUUGUUUAUUCAAACGAGACCUGAAAAUGGAUCUUUGGAACUUGGAUUUGUAUAUGUAUUCGGAAUGCUUGUUUCAUAUAUUAUGCUACAUUUUACUCUAGAACAGAAUCGGUAUUGGGCUGCAAAUGUACUUAAUAUUAGCGUAAAGGGGAUGCUUAAUUCUGAAAUCUAUUCAAAAAGCUUAAGACGAAUUAACUCUCAUGUUUCAACUGUGAAAGAUAAAUGUAACAAAUCUCGGGAUAACAUCAAUGAUGUCAACGAUGAUAAUUUGUCUGUUGGCAAGGUUACUAAUCUUAUGUCAAUUGAUACAAAUCGUGUUAGUGAAUUUUCUGAAUGGUGGACAAGUACAAUUGAUAGUCCGAUAGAAUUAGUAGUUGGUGUUUAUUUUUUGCAUCAAUUAAUGGGUGUGUCUUGUUUACUCGGUUUGUUGGUUAUGAUUAUUACACUUCCAAUUAAUCAUCAGAUGGCCAAGUUAUAUGCAAAAACUCAAGACGAGCUUAUGAAUGCUAGAGAUCGUAGAGUGGGACUUAUGAAUGAAGUUUUACAAAGUAUUCGUAUGAUUAAAUUCUUAUCCUGGGAAAAGAAUUGGGAAAAUAAAGUAUUGGAAAUUCGCCAAAUUGAACUUAAACAGCUUCGAAAUAACUUUAUUUAUUUGUCCAUAAUUGAUCUAUUGUGGAUGGCUUCACCUAUAUUAGUCACUAUUCUCAGUUUUUUCUUUUUCACCAAAAUUCAAGGAAAUGAGCUUACAGCUGCCAUUGCUUUUACUUCAAUAGCUGUUUUCAAUGAGCUUCGAUUUGCCCUUAAUAAUCUGCCCGAAGCUUUCAUGGAUGCACUUCAAGCAUUGGUCAGCAUGCGUAGAAUAGAAAAUUUUUUAAAUGAAGAUGAGAUCGAUACUCCGCCCGAAAAUAAUCCAUUUCUGGAAUCAAUUUCUUUUGAAAAAGCAACCAUUUCAUGGAAUAAAAUUAAGGAAAAUAGUAAUGAGUUUAUUAUGCAAGAUUUGGACUUGGAAUUUCCUGUGGGAGAAUUAAGUAUCAUUUGUGGGCCAGCCGGAUCUGGGAAGACAUUAUUAUUAAUGUCACUUCUUGGAGAAACGAAUAUCAUUAGUGGCAAGAUCAAUAAUCCACAUUGUUUAACAAAUCCUAUUGAUAAAAAUAUCAAUGAAAACAAUUGGAUUCUUCCGAAUUGUACUGCUUAUGUUGCACAGCAAGCAUGGCUUCAGAAUGCUUCUAUUCGUGAUAAUGUUCUUUUUGGUCUUCCUUAUAAUGAAAAUCGUUAUAAUCAAGUUAUAAAAGUAUGCGCACUGGAAAAAGACUUUCAAAUACUUGAUGACGGAGACAUGACGGAGAUUGGUGAAAAAGGAAUUACGCUAAGUGGUGGUCAGAAAAUGCGUGUCGCUUUAGCAAG